UUUUGACUCGAAUCCAUCGCUCUGUAUGAGGUUGCUCCAGCAGAGUCAAUCCUACCUCCCCGAUCCAAUCAUCACAGCCAACAAGCCAACUCGGCAUGAUUUGGAUUCCACAAAAUCACCUUCCCGUCAUCAGUCUUCACCAAAACGCACAGCAAAACACCAAAAUUCCCUCAAAGGCAGUUCUUAGAUUUACGCCUACGACUCCGGUCCACAAAUCUAGCCCCAGAUUUUCCAACAGCUUUCUCCACGUUCGGUCGUUUCUAUUUCGAUGCUCCGAGCAUCCGAUUCGCUGACGUCUGCUUGUGCCUGGAUGAGCGUCAGGUACACGUAUGGCCGUCCCGCCGAUCACCUUCAACUUCAAUCGACAUCGACUUCUGUUGGGCGAGUCGUCCUCGGGUGCCUGAAGAUCUCCAAUACACUGCCAGUACUCCCGUUGAUGCAGUCUCAGCCAGGCUCUUCUGCAAAAACAAAUCGAAAGAGUUUGGGAACAAUUGUUGGACAGAAAGAAGUGGACAAUGUGGGCUUUUAGGUCACUCUGUACCUGCUAUGUGGAAAGCAUAUUCUGCAUUUCCCCUCAGUUGACCUUGGGCCGGUUAAGGAAAAAACUCUUGUUGCAUCCAGCUACCCCAAUCGGCUAGGAUGUUCCCGCGGUUUGACAGAAGCUUUCCCCCGGACCCGUCUGCUUAAUCCAAGCCACCGUGCUUGACUCUUGCUUAGCAUCAUAGGCUGAACCAUGUGCCUUUCUUCCCGGCAACACUACACACUUGUUGAGUGUUGAUCGCAGAUGGCUUCAGCUUCCAAACACGAGGAGGAAGCAAAGAUCCUUGCCUUUGCCGAGAAGUCCCUUCCAAGCUUCAGAUUUAAGAAGUCUGCCUUUCUCCCUCCAACUUGGUUUUCUACAUCGACAACUCUCCCGUUCACUCGACACAGAAGAUGAAGAACGUAUACACAAC